CCCUGUGUGCCACUGCCACGGCCUGAGGCUGUCCCUGCGCCGUGCCGUGGCUGCGUGUCACAUCUGUGUCCCUGCGCCGUGCCGUGUGCCGUGGCUGCGUGUCACGUCCGUGUCCCUGUGCCAUGGCUGCGUGUCACAUCUGUGUCCCUGUGCCAUGCCCUGUGCCGUGGCUGCGUGUCACGUCUGUGUCCCUGUGCCAUGGCUGCGUGUCACAUCCAUGUCCCUGUGCCAUGCCCUGUGCCGUGGCUGCAUGUCACAUCUGUGUCCCUGUGCCGUGGCUGCAUGUCACAUCUGUGUCCCUGUGCCGUGGCUGCGUGUCACAUCUGUGUCCCUGUGCUGUGGCUGCGUGUCACGUCUGUGUCCCUGUGCCAUGGCUGCGUGUCACAUCUGUGUCCCUGUGCUGUGGCUGCGUGUCACGUCUGUGUCCCUGUGCCAUGGCUGCGUGUCACAUCUGUGUCCCUGUGCUGUGGCUGCGUGUCACGUCUGUGUCCCUGUGCCAUGGCUGCGUGUCACAUCUGUGUCCCUGUGCCAUGCCCUGUGCCGUGGCUGUGUGUCACGUCUGUGUCCCUGUGCCGUGGCUGUGUGUCACGUCUGUGUCCCUGUGCCAUGGCUGCGUGUCACUUCUGUGUCCCUGUGCCAUGCCCUGUGCCGUGGCUGCGUGUCACUUCUGUGUCCCUUUGCCCUGGCUACAUGUCACAUCUGUGUCCCUGGGCCGUGCCCGUGUGGCAUUGCCAUGUGCCACACACCAUGUCCUGUGGCUGCACGCCACGUCCCCGUGUCCCGUCGUGUCCUCCAUGCCCCGUGCCUGCACCCCUGCCCCCUCGGUGCACCGGGCCGGGGGGGGCUCUGCCAAGGGACGGUGACAAGGAGCUGGCACGUGUGCCCCCAGGGCCGGUGGCGGGGGGGCUGCCGGGGUCCUGCCGUGCCCGUGGGUCGGUCACGGAUGAGGGAGGAGCCGGCAGCCCCUCGGAGGCUAUAAAACCCCGGGUGGGUGGAGGAGCCGCUGUGUCCCCAGCUCGGUGUCCCCGGCACUGUCACCCCGCUGCCAGGCCCUGCCUGUCACCUCCCGCCUCCUCCACCAUGGUGACGUCCCCGAGGCCGUGGCGCGUGCUGGUGGCCGUGGCCCUCUGCGCCCUGCUCUGCCUGGGCACGCUGGCGGCCGCCUACCCCCCCAAGCCCGAGAGCCCCGGGGACGACGCGUCCCCCGAGGAGAUGGCCAAGUACUUCUCGGCCCUUCGCCACUACAUCAACCUGGUGACGCGGCAGAGGUACGGCAAACGCGCCAGCCCCGAGGCCGUGGUGUCGGAGCUGCUCCUGGGGGCCGGCAGUGACAGGUCACGGUAUGACGAUGACUCCGCGUGGUGACCGGCUCCCCAAGCCCCCCGCCCCCCGAAUCCUCCCCGUCUCUCCGUGACUCCCGAAGGGGCUCUGCCGCAGGGUGGGCCCCAGCACCCGGGGCCAGCGCCGGCCCCCCCGCCGGGAGGGACCGGGACCCCCAGAGCCCAGCCCAGGGGUGUCCUGCCGGAGGGGGCCCUCACCCCAUCCCCUCCCCACCGCUGUCGGGGGGUCCCACGCGGUCCCUGCACGCCCCCACCAGCGGCAAUAAA